ACUUAAAGUCUUAAAUAGUAAAAUUCGGCAAACCUUUUAAAUAAGGUGAGAAUAUGAGAAUAUUGUUAUAACCGCCUAAGAAAGGAUUAAUAAAGUGCGCGCUACACUAAAUUUACAAUGAAUUUCGGUGGCACAUUAAGAGUUAACAAAUUCGCAUGUUUCACAGUAGGUUUUAUUUUAUUCCUUAUAAUUUAUUGGCGUUCAGGAGGUGCUGGUUAUCCCUCUGAUAAAAAUGACUUAAUAAAUAUUAAAUCACUUUUAAAAGCCGCAAUACAUGCAGCUGAGAGAGGUGGAAAGAAAGUUAUUGAGGGUAAAAACCAUGAAUUGAAUAUUAAAAGUAAAGGCAAAACGGUGGAGGGAGCGAACGAUCCGGUUACCGAUGCUGAUUACGCUUCACAUUGUGCUAUGUACUAUGGUCUCAAAAACACAUUUCCAAAGUUAAAUAUAAUAUCCGAAGAACACGGGAAAGAUUCGAGUUGUCAAAAUCAAGAUGUAAUUGAUAUUGAAACAACUCCCACAGAUCACAGAACAAUAGAUCACAUGAACGAUGAACAUGUAUUUGUGAAGGAUGUUACGGUUUGGAUUGAUCCUCUGGACGCGACACAAGAAUAUACGGAGGGUUUAUAUCAAUAUGUAACAACAAUGGUGUGUGUGGCAAUCAAUGGGGUGCCAAUUGUUGGUGUCAUACAUUACCCAUUCCCAACACGCACAUACUGGGGUUGGUUUACUAAGAAGACAUCCAGCAAUAUUCCAAACAUUCAACAUAAAGAAGAAAAUAAAGAACAACCAAGAGUUGUAAUAUCAAGGUCUCAUCCUGGUAAAGUUGCCGAUAUUGCAAAAGAAUCAUUUGGACCUAAAACUGUUGUAACACAAGCUGCAGGAGCUGGUGACAAAGUGAUGGGUGUGGUAAAUGGUAACUUUGAUGUUUAUCUCCAUGCAACUGCCAUCAAAAAGUGGGAUUUGUGCGCAGGUAAUGCAAUCAUUAAGGCUGUUGAUGGUAAAAUGACGACAAUCAAAGGUGCAGAGAUUGAUUACUCUCCCAACAGUGGUGUUAAAGUAACGGAUGGUAUUUUAGUAACUAGAUAUGAUCAUGAUUAUUACUUGAGUAAAUUGCCGAAAUCUCUGAGUGGUACAACAUAAUUACUUAAAUAGUUAUAAGUAUGAGUAAUCAAAUUUAUCAGAUACAAUUAUGUUCAGUUAUAAUGGAUAUAACUGUUUUAUCUAUUAUAUUUUUGAAGUUUUUAUUAAUUUCAUAUUUUAAUUAAUCUUUUAACAUAAAAUAAUAUAUUUUAAUAAUCAGCUGUUUAAUUUAUUUUUAUUAAAUAAAGAUAGGUUAAGAUCUAGCGUUGUUAACUAUUUUGGCCAACACAAUUUAUAUAAUAAAAUACACAUAUAACACAACACAAUUUAUAUAAUAAAAUACACAUAUAACACAACACAAUUUAUAUAAUAAAAUAUACAUAUAACACAAUUUAUAUAUAAAAAGCCGAGAUGACCUAGUGGUUAGAACGCGUGCAUCUUAACCGAUGAUCGUGGGUUCAAACCCGGGCAAGCACCACUGAAUUUUCAUGUGCUUAAUUUGUGUUUAUAAUUCAUCUCGUGCUUAACGGUGAAGAAAAACAUCGUGAGGAAACCUGCAUGUGUCUAAUUUCAUUGAAAUUCUACCAACCCGCAUUGGAGCAGCGUGAUGGAAUAAGCUCCAAACCUUCUCCUCAAAAGGGAGAGGAGGCCUUAGCCCAGCAGUGGGACAUUAACAGGCUGUUUACUUUACUUACUAAAGAUAGGUUAAGAUCUAGCGUUGUUAACUAAUUUGGCCAACACAAUUUAUAUAUAUAUGUAUAUAUAUGUUUUUAAGAUAUGUCCUUACCUUUAAGCACUACGAUUAUUUUACCAUGGAAUUUAUAGAAAAUCAUGUAAAAAACACAAGAAUGUUUGUUUUUAUGCAAUGUUGGCUGUAUGAUGUCAUAAUUUAUUGUAUGUUGUAUACUAUGAUAUGUAAAUUAACAUAUAUCAUCCCGAUGGUAUUAUAUUAUUUUAUUUGUUGAAUGUCUCCUUUUUGUAUAUUGAAUGAUGUUAAUAAGUUUUUUGAAAAAAAAAACAAUUAACUAGGCAUCUAACUUGGCGAAAUUAAUAAAUAUUUCGCUAGUUUCUAUUCCACUUUUCCAGUUAUUGACUCGAAUAUGUAAACAAUUAUUUAUUAUCAAGAAUCGUCUUUUAAAUGUGUGACAAUAUUUAAUAUUGAAACGGUAGAUUGUAUUAAUGUUUAUAAAAUGUACAUAAUUAAUUAAAAAUACUAUAAAAUGUCAAGUUGUAAAUUAUUAGAUCACUUUUUGGACUCGUUUGUAAAGUGGAUUUGUAUAAUUUUUAAAUAUAACAUAAUAAACUAUGGGUUGUAAAUAAAAUCUAUUGAUUUAUCGUGUAUUGCUUUUAAAUUGUAUUAAUUCUUUCUUAAGAACUUUCUAGAUUCCGUCGAUAUGAGGUAUAUAUUAGAAAACUUAAUCUUACCACUUCAAAAUUUUUGUCAUAUGCAAUGACGGUAAUCACUGGUUAUUAUAAAAUAUACUAAUUUUUACGCAAUGAAACAGCUAGGACAGUAUAACUUUGCUGUAUAUAAGUGUUAGCAUACGAAAAAAAUUAUUUCGUCUGCUUUUAUCAAGCUGUCGUUUUGAUAUUUUGACUUGUUUAGAAUAUUAAUUUACUUUUUAAUUCUUGAACAAGUUAUCGUAAAAUAUUACUCUAAUAAUUUAUUAUUCUAAAUGAAAUAAUUUUCUUAGGAUAUUCAAAAGCGAGUGUAUUUGCAUUUCAUAUAAUUUUCGUAAGCAUUAUUACAUUUAUUAAUUAAUUGACACACCUUCCCAGAUUAUUGCAGUGUUUAUUAUUAUAUCACAUACAUACAUAAGAAAUUUUAUAACUACAGGCAUGAAAAAUAUCUAAAUGAAGUAUCUUAGAACAGGCAUAGACGAGUUUUGUUAUAUA